GUCCCUUUGGUGGUGAUGUGCUGCCCAGGGAGCUUGAGCCAGGUUCGAGAACUCGUCUUGGACAAUUGCAAAUCAAAUGAUGGAAAAAUUGAGGGCUUAACAGCUGAAUUUGUGAAUUUAGAGUUCCUCAGUUUAAUAAAUGUAUGCUUGAUUUCAGUUUCAAAUCUCCCCAAGCUACCUAAAUUGAAAAAGCUUGAGCUCAGUGACAAUAGAAUCUUUGGAGGUCUGGACAUGUUAGCAGAAAAACUUCCAAAUCUCACACAUUUAAACUUAAGUGGAAAUAAACUGAAAGAUAUCAGCACCUUGGAACCUUUGAAAAAAUUGGAUUGCCUGAAAAGCCUGGAUCUAUUUAAUUGUGAGGUCACCAACCUGAAUGACUACCGAGAGAGUGUCUUCAAGCUCUUGCCCCAACUAAGCUACCUGGAUGGCUAUGACAGAGAGGACCGAGAAGCCCCAGACUCAGAUGCAGAGGUGGAUGGUGUAGACGAAGAGGAGGAGGAUGAAGAAGGAGAAGAUGAGGAGGAUGAAGAAGAUGAGGAUGGUGAGGAGGAAGAGUUUGAUGAAGAAGAGGAUGAAGAUGAAGACGUAGAAGGAGACGAAGAUGAAGAUGAAGAUGAAGUCAGUGAGGAAGAAGAAUUUGGACAUGAUGGAGAAAUUGAUGAAGAUGAGGAGGAUGAGGAUGAAGAUGAGGAUGAAGAGGAGGAAGAAAGUGGAAAAGGUGAAAAAAGGAAGAGAGAAACAGAUGAUGAAGGAGAAGAUGAUUAAUACCCCAAAUAACCUGCAAAAACAGAACUGUUCAGUAUUGGUUGGACUGCUCAUGGAUUUGGUAGCUGUUUAAAAAAAAAAAAAAAAGGUAGCUGUGA